AUGGGGCUGCGGCAGAGGGUCUACGAGCUCUGUGGCAGCCACGCCUGCACCAAUGCCAGCGACUUCACGAUGGGCGUCGGCGACGUGUGGGCGGGCGGCCACAACAGGAGCAAGGUGAUGGGGCUGAACGAGCUCAAGGACGGCCUGGUGGAGGCUGGCGUGCCCCGGGCCGAAGUGGAUGACGCCUUUGAUGUGGAGGCAUCGGAUUACAAGGGAAUGGAAUUGCACUUCGUGGGAAAGAAGGUGUCGAGGCCGAGCAAGGUGGUGUCGGUCGCCGGAGAGUGGCCGACGGUCCAGAUCGACUUCGGCCCCGAGAAGAAGGAGAACUACAUCUACAGCGCGGCGCCCGCCGGGGUGCGCAGGUUCAAGGUGCUGCCCAAGGCGGAGCAGAUGUUCCAGUUUGCUUUGGUGAAGUGCAAGAGGGGCCGGCGGGACACGCUGCUGCGGCGGGAGUGGUUCCUGGUGGAGGAGGUGGUCAUGUCAUCGCGGCUGGUGUACCUGAGGAUGCGCAGCGAGGGGCGGCUGAUCGUCAGGGUGGCGCCCGGCGCCCAGCGCCCCCCGGAGAACCUGCUGGAGCAGGUGAUGGACCUGAGGCUGUCGCACGUGGACGCGACUCUGGAGUUUUCCGGGGUGGCUGGGCAGGCGGUCGACCUGGCGAAGGUGGUGUGCGAGCGCGAGUGUGCGUGCCUGGUGAAGGUGAAGAACAACCGGCCGCUGCGGUCCAGCAGGAACAUCAACCAGCCGGGGCUGCUGCCGACGGGGCACAAGACGGACAUGGCUAGCCAAGCGCAGGCGGAAAAGAUCGAGGAGGGGCACCUGCUGGACGAGGCGGAGAACCUGGUGUGGGGGGCGGAAGGAGCGGAGCGGAAGAUAGACGAGCUGGUGGGGGUUCUGGACGAAGCGGGGCAGGGCUGCGAGCUGUUCGUCGACGAGGACGGGGAGGAAGACGACGACGACGACGAUGACGACGACGACGACGACGACGACGACGACGGCGACGAUUAA